AGUCAAUAACAUUCUCAGCUGUGACGAUCGGUGCUCGCAGCGGGCCAUGUUCGGAAGUGUUUCUUCGAUUUUUUGAGAGCUCUGAAUGGCUGUUUGAGGCGGUGUUCCUGUGACUUCUCCGGAGGGCGUGAUCUUGUGAUGUAGUGGUCUCGCGAUCCAGCGGAAUAAGCUUCGAUGAUGAUACCUGGCGCUGCUUUUAGACUCCUCAAUGUGAAGAGCACUUAUAUUUUCACCGUGGUGUGCAGGUUGGGCUCGACCCCCGUGAGUCGACGAGCAGCCCGAUGUCAGAGCCCGGCAGAGGCUCUCCAGGGGCUCAAGGAUGGGCAAACCAUAAUGAUCGGAGGUUUCGGCAUCUGUGGAAUACCCGAGAAUCUCAUCCGACACUUGUCCAACAGUAAAGUUCGUAACCUAACCAUCGUCUCCAUAACGGGAGGGCUCAGCGACUGUGGGGUCGGAGAGCUUAUCAAAGCGGGUAUGGUCAAACGCCUGGUGACUUCAUACAUCGGAGAAAACAGUAACAUAUUUGAGAAGUUCUUGGGAGGACAGCUCGAGGUUGAAUUGGUUCCUCAGGGAACUCUCGCCGAAAGGAUUCGGGCAGCUGGGGCCGGAAUUCCUGCGUUCUAUACUCCCACGGGUUACAAAACCAUGGUGCAUGAAGGCGGCCUUCCGAUGAUGUAUGAAGACGAUGGAAAAAAAAUCACCAUGGCUAGCGAGCCCAAAGAGAGCCGAGAGUUCAACGGUCGAGGUUACGUCCUGGAGACAGCGAUCCACGCAGACUUCGCCCUGGUUAGAGGCCAUAAAGCCGAUACGAACGGCAACGUUACAUUCAGGAAGACAGCAACAAAUCUCAACCCUGUCAUCGCGAAAGCAGCGAAGAACGUCAUCGUAGAGGUCGAGGAGAUCGUGAACGCAGGAGAACUGCAAGGAGAACACAUUCAACUACCGUCGAUAUACGUUCACCGGAUAUACAAACCCAAUCACUUCGUUCGCCGCUGUGAGAAAAUGCGGCUGGCGAAACCCGCCGAAUCAAAUGCCAAGACGAGUGCAUCGUCCCGGGAACGAAUCAUUCUGAGGGCGGCCAGAGAAAUCAAAGACGGCAUGUUCGUGAACUUGGGAAUCGGAAUUCCUGUUCUCGCCGCGAAUCAUAUUCCGGAGGACGCAAAAGUGUUUCUUCAUGGAGAGAAUGGAAUCAUAGGAUUGGGUCCUUACCCAGCCGGGAAAAAAGAGGUCGAUCCCGAUCUCACGAACGCCGGGAAAGAGACCGUCACGGCCAUCCCUGGGGCUGCGUAUUUCGGUACCGAAGAGUCUUUCGCUAUCAUCCGAGGGGGUCAUCUGGACUUGACGAUGCUGGGCGGCAUGCAGGUGUCUCAGAACGGCGAUAUCGCCAACUGGAUCGUUCCCGGACAAAAGAUAACUGGUAUGGGCGGUGCCAUGGACCUCGUUGCGUCCGCGGCCGCCGGAACACGUGUCGUCGUCACUAUGGAACACAACGCCAAAGACGGUAGCGCGAAGAUCGUCAAGACCUGCAGUCUACCGCUCACGGGACAGCGCUGUGUAGACAGAAUCAUCACUGAGAAGGCCGUGUUCGACGUGAGCAAAUCCACCGGACUGACAUUGAUUGAAAUCUCGAAAGACCUCACCCUCGACGAGUUGAGGGAAUGUACAGACGCUGACUUCGAGGUCAGCCCCAAGCUCAAAUGUAUGGAGGAUUGAGCUCGAAUGGUUGGGCAAAGCCUUGCUCAGCUGGGACACUCGCACCGGUGGCUUCAUAAUCCAUUCUGCGAUCUCCCUUCCGUGAAUCUUAUGCAUAAUUCUUGUUUAGAGAGUUGUUGUUUAGAGAGAAACGAGUGAUACAGUGAAGACGACGUUAUUCACCAUCAUUCUCCUCGCGGGCUUAUAUUUGUGUUUGCUCCGCUAUGCUCCAUACGCUGUCACUCCUCGUUUCAUUGAAGCUUUAUUGUGACCACUUUGUACCAGAGAGAGCCUUGUGACUCUCUGCUUCCGAGGAGGGGCAUCGAGAUAGCUAGUUCCUCGAUCGCCCUGAAAUUUUGACGAGCAGCGUCCAAAGAGAAUAUGACAAGUAAACGUUUCCGGAUGGCAGACAA